UGCUGGCUGUCCACGGAGCAUGGCUUCUCCUGGGUCUUCCUGGCACCUGUCAUCUCCAUCUUAACGGUUGGUGCUUUUCAUUCAAUUUGUAUAAUCAAUCAGAUAAUAAGAUAUCACCUUUGCCUUAGUAUAGCGGAACUGUCAUGCUAUAGUUCCAUUCAUUCUUGGAUAAAGUCGGCUCUGGUGCUCAUGGUGAUUCUGGGUUCAACCUGGCUGUUGGGCGUCUUCAACAUCAAUCAAUCCUCAAUCACUAUGGUCUACCUCUUCACCAUCCUCAACACUUUGCAGGGCUUCCUCAUCUUCCUCUUCCACUGCCUCCUAAACAAGAAGGUUGGUUUUUUAAUGUUAACAUAUAUAAUGAACAGCAUCAUAAAAUCGCUCAACUCGAACAACAGCUUGUAG